UAUAAUAAAUCUACAAAUUGCAACGGUGGAUGUAAUUAUGACAAAGUUAGGGGGUUUUCGUAAAUAGACCACCCGUCAAAAUUAGUUUAUUAGUGAAAAUCGAUCACCACCGAGAUCUCGCUAGAAAUAGUAAUCCAACGGUCACUAGGCGGUUCCCACUUUCCAACAAUUUCCCACAUAUUUCUUCCCGCUCCAAUUCCAGAAAACCCCCAAAUCGAAUCCUAGAGAGAGAGAGAUAGAAGAGAGAGAGAACUGAUGUGCGGAAGAGCACGGUGUACUCUGAGGUCCGACGACUUCCGGCGGGCCUGCCAUCUCGACGGCCGGCCAGUCCGUCACCAGAAUAUGGACCGGUACCGUCCGUCGCACAACGUUGCGCCAGGGUUCAACGUGCCGGUGGUUCGUCGCGACGAUGAAGGAGAUGGCGGCGGCGCCGUUUUACACUGCAUGAAAUGGGGGCUGAUUCCGAGCUUCACUAAGAAAACCGAAAAGAUAGACCACUUCAGGAUGUUUAAUGCUCGGUCUGAAUCGAUAAGAGAGAAGGCUUCUUUUCGUCGACUUCUUCCAAAGAAUAGAUGUUUGGUGUCUGUUGAGGGAUUUUAUGAAUGGAAAAAAGACGGUUCGAGAAAGCAACCUUACUACAUACACUUCAAGGAUGGUCGUCCCCUGGUUUUUGCUGCUCUGUUCGACUCCUGGGAAAAUGCAGAAGGAGAAAUCCUUUAUACCUUCACUAUUUGUACAACUUCGUCAUCGUCGUCUCUGGAAUGGCUUCAUGACAGGAUGCCAGUUAUCCUACGGAACAAAGAAUCAACCGAUUGCUGGCUGAACGAUUCUUCCUUGUCCAAUUUCGAUAAAAUUCUCAAACCAUAUGAAGAUGAAGAUUUGGCUUGGUACCCAGUGACUAGUGCAAUGGGAAAGCUUUCUUUUGAUGGGCCAGAAUGCAUUAAGGAGGUAAAAACGGAGGAGUCCAAAACAAUCUCACAGUUCUUCUCAAAGAAAGUAGCAAAUGCAUCACAGAAGCCAAAUCUCGAAAAAAGCCCCGUUAAAGAACUUGCUGAAGCCAGUGAGGCGAUAAGUGUGAAAGAGGAACACGAAAGCCAGCCAACGCUUGACAGCACCAGACUGAAGGACGAAGACAUUGAAAAUUACGAGCAGAAAAGUGUGCAAGAGGAACCCGAAAUAAGCCAAGAUGACUGCCCGAAAUUGAUUAUUAAGAAAGACGACGCUGAAAAUACGAGCAAUAUUUCUUCUAUAGAGAAGCAAUAUACUGGGGAGAUGCUCCGUGCUCAUGCUAAGCCAUUUGCUAAAGAAAACGAAAAGCAAAAUGUGGGUCCCGCCAGAAAGAGAAGUAAAACUGCCAAUGAUAAACAACAACCCACUCUUUUUUCGUACUUUGGGAGAAGCUAAUCACUUGUUAGGUCUUUUGUUUUUUGUUGUACUGACGAAGCCGAGUUACUUAGGCGAACCGAUGACAACUUUUGUGUAUGUAUUAUCUGUCUUUAGGCUGUCUGUAAUGUAUGAAAUUCGGUGGUGCUGUGAUCUGCAGAUAGUGUGGACGCUCCACAGUUUUGGAUACUUUAGUUAGAUAGGAUCUCUGUUGAGAGGUCAUUUGUGUAUUAAUAUGACUUAACCAAAAGUUCCGAGAAGAAGAUCGGAACUUAACAUGAAAGAGAAAAAAAAAAAAAAA